AUGAUUUGCUUAGCAUUGUGGACAAUGAAAAACCUUCUACAUAUCCGUCGUAUUCGAAUUCAUCCACCGAUGGCAUCACAUACAAUUCCGAAACCGAAUGAUAUGAAUUUACUUCAUCCGAGAGAUCGUCAACUUAUUCUGAUGUUGUUUAUGAAUAUAAUUAUCUAUAUUUUAUUUAAUUUUCCAACAACAAUCGUUGUCACAUAUGAUCUGGUUACACAAAACAAUAACAGAUCUUUGGAACAAACGCAAAUCUUUUCGAUCAUAAGAUAUUUCAGUGUCUUCGCCCCUUAUUUUCCGUUCUGUAUCAAUGUUUAUUCAAUUAAACUUGGUUUAAGUGCAAUUGAAGAAAUUAUCAAUUGUCUUGAAAGUAUUAAUCGUGUCUUCAUGGAAUCCCAAAAACACAAUGAAGAUUCGAAUGAUUCCUUUGAUACUGAAUCUAUUGGAAGUCGAUCAUCUGGUUCAUCAUCUGAAUUCAGCGAAAUCUCAAAUGAAAAACGAAAUAUUCGUAGUGUUUUAUCAAUGAAGAUUGAUGAAAUCAAUGAUUUUACGAAACAAACUCGAUUAUUACAUCGACAGAAGCGCCUUUUCAAGAAUUCAUUUGAUCCAGAUGCGAUUAUACGUUCAGCAUUAAAAUCAUUUGAAAGUCAACUUGUCAAAGCUGUUGAAAAUUUGAAUUUGAAAUCUAUUUUUGAACAAGUUCUACGUUUGUUGGAUAUUCCUUCAAUAAUCCAAAAAUCAUUUGGAGAUUUGAAUAAAAUUAUUGAAAAACAAUUAGAUAUUCCAAAUAUUCUCAUGAAAGAAUUAAAAAAGAUUAACAUUGAACCAUUUCUAAAAGAAAUCAUUGCACAACUUGAUUUCAUUUCCGUCGUAAAAGAUCAAAUGAAAAAUCUCAAUUUCGAAACAACAUUCAAUGACUUAAUUAAACAAAUUGAUUUGAAAAAUGUCAUCAACGAACAAAUAAAGAAUCUUAACAUAACAUCAGUUAUUGAUAAUCUUAUUCAAUUAGGACAUAUCGAUGAAACUAUUCAAAGGUUCAUUUCGAAAAUCGAUCCGAUGAAAAUCUUUCAACAAACUUUUCAUUCAAUUGAUGUUGAUCAACUCUUUGAUAAGUUCAUUGAUUUUAAUAAUUCCAUUUCACCUUGGAAAAGAUUAUUCAAAUUAUUGAAAUUAGAUGAAAUUCAAAAUCCAGAAUGGAUUUUACAACAGAUUUUACCGGGAAUGGAUUCACAAGGUAUUUAUCGACUUAUCGAUGAUUUUCGAAAUACUCUCGAAGCAGUUGGAAAUGGAACUUUAAAAACAAAAGAUAUUAUGGUUAAUUUCGUACUUGACAAAGGAAUUCCAUUUAUAAUCGAUACAUUCAAAUCACAAGGCAUAAAAGUCGAACAAUUUACACAAAUAAACCGUAUGGAACAUCCAUUACCAUUAAUAACCAAUAACGAAACACAAUCAUCAUUAUCAACGACAGGUGAUGAAGAUUUGACAUAUGAAUCGACGUUAUCCACCGAGAAUAACACUCAAUGGUUCAAUUCAGACGAGUUAAUGACGAUAAAUCAAAAUGAAUCUAUACAAAUUCGAAAGAAACGAGAUAACUUACUUUAUGAUGUUAUAAUUCCAAAGCCUAGUCAGAAUCGAGUGUUACGUUUACUCCGUAAUAUUAUUCAGAGUUCGAAUAUAGUCAAUAAAAUCUUUUAUGAAUUAAUAAAUUGGUUUUAUUUCAAAAUCGAUAUGGAUUUAUGUUGGUAG